GUCUUCCAGGUUUCUCCAAGGGGUCAGUUUGUUUUGUGCACGAAAUACACACAAACAUUACCUAAACCUUUCUUCUGCUUCUAAGUAGUAUUUCUAUUAGCAACUAUGGAAGCUAUUCUAAAGAUAUUAUUUUCUUCGGAUGAGGGAGAACUGUUCGUUUUAGAUUGUUUAUCGUACUUGAUGGUGGUUUUGGCAUUCAAAAAUCUUGUGACUUUUCGCUUUAAGCACGUGCCCUAUGGCAGAUAUGCAUCCAGCGGGUAUGGAUUCCCAGUAAAUGUCAAGUUCGCCUGGUUCGUUCAAGAAUUGCCGGCCUUUCUGGUGCCUUUGAGUUUGGUGCUAUGGAGUCCGUGUGCGAAGAUAAUGCACCUGCCCAACCAACUACUUCUACUCAUGUUCUUAUUCCAUUAUUUGCAAAGAACCCUCAUCUACCCAUUUUUAAUUCGAGGAGGGAAAUCAACACCAUUCCUCUCGUUUGCCCUGGCCUUUGUCUUCUGCAUGUAUAAUGGGUACCUGCAGGCAAGAUACCUGAGUCACUAUGCAGAUUACCCACCUGAUUGGGUUACACAUCCCUGUUUCAUCACAGGUUCUUGUAUGUGGUUCCUGGGAUGGAUCAUUAACAUUCACUCUGACCAUAUCCUCAGGAAUCUCCGUGAGCCUGGAGAGACAGGUUAUAAGAUACCUAGAGGGGGCAUGUUUGAGUAUGUAUCAGGAGCAAACUUCUUAGGUGAGAUUGUGGAAUGGGUUGGAUUUGCUCUGGCUGGUCAUUCGGUCCAUAGUGCAGCUUUUGCUCUCUUCAGUUUUGUUGUGCUGUCCAGCAGAGGAAUGUCUCACCACAAGUGGUAUCUAGCAAAAUUUGAAGACUAUCCAAAAUCAAGGAAAGCUUUAAUACCAUUUGUGCUCUGAUCCUGUGGUAAGCCCAGCUGCCACACUCUACUGUGUUUCAAUACAGAGACUGGGAAAAAUGCAUUGAGCAUUACAUGAACUCAAUUUUACAAGACAAAUUUUUCUUUCAAUUUUAUAGCAUGUACAUUUGUGAAGUGCAAAAACAGCAUUACUGUGAGAGAUUUCAAAGCAUCUCAAUGGAGAGAUCAGAUGAGAUACACAUGGCAAACAGCUGCUACCAUAAUCCAGAUCUUCCCUAUUAACUCUUAAAAGAAUGAAUGUUUCGACAAUAGCCAAUUAUUACAUAUUCAGGUCUUUGGAGACCCGGAUCUAUAUCUAACACAAAUGGAUCUCUAACUGCUGCAAUAGUAUAAAACUCUCUUGAUAUUUUAAUGACAAUUACAAAAGAAUAAAAUAAAGCAUAUUUUGUCACUUUUUACAAAAAAUUAAAUAGGAAAUUUUCUUGUUAUAUUGUUUAUAAUGAUUAGUUUGAGGAAUACUAAGAAGGCUGAUGUCUAACUUUAAAAAUUGAAUGAGGGGGAGGGUAGUGAAUGACAUCCUCCUGGGUCAAUAAAGACCCAAGGUAUGCGUUUAAGAGUUAACCACUCAGUCGUUUCUUCAAACUAAUCCUGUGUCAGCAAAAUAUGGACUUUUUGAACUGUGCUUCUGGUCAUGCUGGAUUCGAGGCUAUCCGAGUAAGGCCUCAGAAAAGGUAACGGUACACAUGAUUUAUCUGUUGGAAGAGUGAGCACUGCAGGUUGACAAUAGCAGAACCAUUUAUCAUUUUACACAGAUCUAGGCUGCGUCCGAAAUCGCUUACUCUCUAAGUAGCUACUUAUUUUUUUUAAUAUAUAAUUAUAUUAUGACCAUUAAAAAGUCCAUUCUAUAUAGUGUGAAUUUAAUCCGUACUACAUUCGUAAUGUUGACCUACCAGCAUCAGUUGCAUCGCUUCACUGCUAUUCACAAUUUCAUUGGAUGCAUUUCAGAAUCUCGCCAGAAUUAGUAGGUCAUCUGGAUACUUUUUGCCUACUGUUUUGUGAAUACUGUGAAUUCAGACACACUACUGUUUUUAUAUAGUGUUUUUCGCCUACUAAAUAGGAAGUAUGUGAUUUCAGAUUCAGCCCAUAUCCAAAAUGUUCAGCCCUUCAUGGCGAAUUUGCAUUUCUGUAAUCUGAAAAAUUUCAAAACGUUCCUAGUGAUUUAUGUUUUGAAAGGAGAUUUCAAGUGUAAUUUAAAAUUGGUGUUAUGGUUACUGAUUUAUGUGCCAGACUCCACCGAAAGUGAACUAUUUAGCAGGUUUAAGAAAUUACAUUUAAUUCCAACAGGGGCACGUUGUGUAAAUUGUAUACUGUCAUAACAAUGAAUGGAUUUGACUGUCUUAACAAAUCUUAACACAAAUAAAAGCACCUUCUGUCAAA